AGGAAUAUUGUACUAACGUUUCUGACAGUGCAAUUUAGCAUAGGACUAAAGUAGUUCUACACUCGCACCAUGUCAGGGCAGCACUAGAGCGGAGUCAGUGCAUGUGCCGAAUUCGCUAUAAGUUAACUGGAGCUUAGUAAAAAUUGCCCCAUGUAUAGAAAAGUAUAUGGAUGCUAGAUCUGUUUCUUAUAUGUAUAUGCAUGCAUAUGCAUCCCUAUGUGUUAAUCGGAGUUAGUGUCGUUGAUGAAAGAGACUUUUAGACGAGAUUGCACAUGGAUUGACAAGUUUCACGUAGUGAAACUUUUUGCAGUUCUAAGCCAGUUUGUAAGGAUAAAGGGAGGAUUUUAUCUUCGCGCAAGUAUUAAUUAUUUAGACAGGACGUUUUGGAAUGAAGCUUAACCUUUUGUGAACGCAUUUUCGCAAAUAGUCACCCAAACCUUUUUAUCGCCAGGCGACUCCAUCCACAAAAGCAAAACAUGGUACUAUCGUGUCGAUUUUACAAAGAGAAGUAUCCAGAAGUGGAGGAUGUGGUGAUGGUAAAUGUACGCAGUAUAGCUGAGAUGGGUGCAUACGUUCAUCUAUUGGAGUACAACAAUAUUGAAGGCAUGAUCUUGCUCUCUGAGCUCUCUAGAAGACGUAUUAGAUCUAUCAACAAACUUAUCCGAGUAGGCAAAACUGAACCAGUUGUUGUUAUUCGUGUAGAUAAGGAAAAAGGUUAUAUCGAUCUGAGUAAGCGUCGUGUGUCUGCUGAGGAUGUGGAAAAAUGCACAGAGAGAUAUGCUAAGGCUAAAGCUGUUAAUUCAAUUUUAAGACACGUGGCAGAGCUGUUGCACUAUGAUAAUGAUGACCAGCUUGAGGAACUCUAUCAGAAAACAGCAUGGUACUUUGAAGAAAAAUAUAAGAAACAGAAGGCAUCUGCUUAUGAUUUUUUCAAACAAUCAGUAUUGGAUCCCUCCAUUUUAGCAGAAUGUGGUUUGGACGAACAUACGAAGGAAGUGUUGCUAAAUAAUAUCAAGCGAAAACUUACUUCGCAAGCGGUUAAAAUUAGAGCAGACGUAGAAGUGGCUUGUUAUGGUUAUGAAGGCAUUGAUGCUGUUAAGACUGCAUUAAAAACAGGCUUAGCUCUUUCCACUGAUGAACUUCCUAUAAAAAUUAACUUAAUUGCUCCUCCAUUAUAUGUCAUGACGACAUCUACUCCAGAAAAACAGGAUGGUUUAAAGGCAUUAAGUGAUGCAAUCGAAGUCAUACAGAAUAAAAUAAUGUCACUUGGAGGUGUAUUCAACGUACAAAUGGCACCAAAAGUCGUUACUGCGACAGACGAGGCAGAAUUAGCGCGACAGAUGGAACGAGCGGAACUCGAAAAUGCGGAGGUUGAUGGUGAUGAUGAAGAAGAGGUAGAAGGAUUGGAAGGUGAUUUUAGUGGUGGUGAAGGAGCUGAACAAAACAGCAAAGAUAUUGAACAGAAUGGUGCGUUCCGAGUUACACAUGUAGCGCGUAGACCGGUGUAG